AAACUAGGCGGUGGCAACCUGGCCCAGGGUACACAUAACCUCAAACUUACGCUUUAACAAGUAUAUAAACAAAAAUUCACCAGUUACGAAAGCUAAAAAUGAUUUUUUACAGAAACCGUGUCGUGUCACUCGUAGAAAUCGCUUUCUAGCGUUAAUUUGACCCUUUCGCUAAGCAUUUACUUCGAUAGUCUCGCCAUGAAACUCGAAACUGCGGCAAUAUUGGCCCAGAAGGGCCCUAGUGACCUUUCACUCUCCACCAAUAAAAUAUCGAAUUUUUUAACUAUUUUGGGGUACCAAGUGAAAGCUGUUUCCAGUGUUGAGGCAAAUCACCGUGCAAUAGCCCAGGAGCUGAAAGUCUUAACGAGAUCGUGUGAUAUUGUAGUGGUUUUAUCUCAGGGGGAUGCCCAAAGUGUGUCCGAGGCCCUUGGCUGGAUGACUUCUCAAGAAUUAGUGACCAUUAACGAGUUAACUGGUUAUGGCGUAAGCCCCUUAUGGCCUGCAGGGACGAAACUACUUAAAAACCAAGCCGCUUGCCCAGUAGUGCACUUAAGAAGAAUUUUUGUGCUGAAUAGUUCGUUUAUGGAGCAACAGCUAGGCUCCCCAUUAAAAAACCAUUUAAAACAGUAUAGCGAAGCCCCGAUAUACGCGAAAACCUUCCAAAUCACUUUGAACGGUUCCCAAAAACGUAUUGAGGAACUCAGGGGAAUUGUGGACAUACAGUUUGGGAAAUCCACCAAUGGCCAGGAUGAAGUUACACUGUCGAGCCCCAAAUUUGAAAAUGUUGUUGAUGGGGAGGUCGAGUUAAAAAAGAGGGUUGCCGGGCACAUAUUGGGUUCCAGUUGGGUCAAUUCUAAGGCCGAUUUGGUUUAUUCUAGUGAGGACAGCAAUGUUCGGCAAUCAAUUAAUAUCAUCGAAAACUGCUUGAAAACCUUCGGUCCCGAAAACAUAUUUCUCAGUUUCAACGGUGGUAAAGACUGCACCGUCCUGUUGCACCUCCUCCAAACCGUUUUAAAAAAACUCUUCCCGAAUGUGAGGAGGAAACUGUUCUGCCUGUACGUGAGGAGCACCAACACGUUCCAGGAACAGGACGAUUUUAUCGAACGGUGCAGGAUCUUUUACAAUUUAGAGGUGCAUAGUUCUACUAUGAGCAUUAAAGAGGCCCUGAGGAGCGUUUUAGCGAAAAAACCGCAUUUUCAGGUGUGCUUUAUGGGCUCCAGGAGGACGGAUCCUUAUUGUUCCGACCUGAAUUUCAUGCAGAUGACCGAUCCGGACUGGCCCCAGAUAAUGCGCUGCAGUCCGUUCCUGGACUGGCAUUAUUCCGAUAUUUGGGACUAUUUGCUUUACUAUAAAGUGCCUUACUGUAAAUUAUACGACAGUGGGUACACUUCCCUAGGGAGUUCCACGAACACCAUCAGGAAUCCCACCCUGGUGUGCUCAAAUUGUUCGGAAAACGCUUAUUUGCCCGCCUAUAAGAUGCUUAACGAGAAGGAGGAGAGGAGCGGAAGGAAUGUUAGCAAAAUUUAAUUAUAUGAAUUGAAUAGGCUUUUUUUAAUUUAAAAAAUAUACAUUUUACACAAUAGAAAAGUAAUUUUCUCGUAUCGGUCCACUUAAAAUAGCAAGAUAAGCGAAAAUGAGUAAUUAUUAGGCAGAUAGAACCACUCAAGUGUAUUAUACGUUUUUGUUCCAUAUUUAUUAAAAUUAUUUAUGUUAA